AUGGAGCCCAUCAUGCCCUCCCUCAUCACUCUCUUCUGUCUUGUUUCGGUUUUCUUCGUCCCCGUCGUCUCUGGCCACAACAUCGUAAAGUUCAUAAACCACUGCCCCUACCCCCUCUUCUUCUGGCAAGUCGGCCCCCAAGACUCCGGUAUCGAUGGCAGCAACGCCUACCGAGAAAUGGUUCCUGGCGGUGGUGGCUCGGUAAUCCACGAGAUGCGAAAUACUGAAGCGCUAGGUGGGGGGUUGAGCCUCAAAAUACGGGAUCUGGAUCACUAUGCGGUGGCACCGGCGGGUAUUAUCCAAGUUGAGUACCAUUUGGAGCCGAGCAAGGGAUUCAUGUGGUAUGAUCUCAGUGCUGUGGAUUGUGACCUGAACGCUGGGCCUGAGAAUGCGACGUAUUGCCCGCUUAUUGAAGGUGGCAUCAAGCUUUACGUUCCUGACGCGUACCUACAUACUCCAGAAGGGCCGCAAGGCGAAUGUCCGACAGGGAGUUGUAACAGCACCGGAUGUACCGACGCUUAUGAAAGGGAAGGUGGAUAUGCUGGUGAGCCAAGUUGGGUGUGCAAGGCUGGUGCUGAUCUCUUCCUUGAGACAUGCAUCGAGAAAGCUGGCGAGAGGACCUUCUUCGGAAAGGACCCAAGUGCUUCCCUACCGGUCCACCAAGCCAUCCCAGAUCCCUUCGCCCAACCUGCUCCGCCGCCUCCAACUGUUCCCUAUAAAGAGCUCAAGAUCUCGCCCAAUGGUGAAUGCGGACCUAUCGAAGGUUACACUUGCACCGGCUCUCAACACGGCGUCUGCUGCAGCCAGUACGGGUACUGUGGCAACAGACCCGAAUACUGCUAUGCAGGAUGUCAAACCGGCUUCGGAUACUGCCUCGGAGAAAACGAGGCACAUCCCCAAGUUGCGGGUCCCGAGCCUUUUGUGCUGUCCAUCGUUAGUACUGCUACUGAUAUCAGUGUCGCUACGCGGACUACAACAGCGAGUACGUUUUUGACGGAGACGGAGACAGAGACCGUUGCUGCUGCUGCUGCGUUCACUUCUCUUCCUGUGUCGGCAAGAUUGUCUCAAAAGAUGUUCAAAAGAUAUCUGAGGAGAAAUGCAGCGGCAUAUGCGAAUAUGUGA